AUGCCAGAGAUGGAUGAAAAAGUAAAGAAACCUUCCUCAAUUAUCGUUGUUGGAAUGGCAGGAUCAGGAAAAACAACCUUCCUACAACAAUUGAAUGCGCACUUACAUUCUAAGGAGAAUCCUCCGUAUAUUGUAAAUUUAGAUCCUGCUGUCAAGAAUCUCCCUUAUGAAGCAAAUAUUGAUAUUCGCGAUACGAUCAAUUAUAAAGAAGUUAUGAAGCAAUACAAAUUGGGUCCCAAUGGUGGCAUUAUGACCAGUUUGAAUUUAUUUGUUACCAAAUUUGAUCAAGUUUUAAAAAUUUUAGAGAAACGCGCACCAACCGUUGAUCAUAUUUUGAUUGAUACUCCUGGCCAAAUUGAGAUUUUCCAGUGGUCAGCAUCAGGCACUAUUAUCAGCGAUACGCUUGCCAGCUCAUGGCCCACCUGCAUUGCCUACGUUAUUGACACUCCUCGUUCCACAUCAACUUCUACUUUCAUGUCAUCGAUGCUUUAUGCUUGCUCUAUGUUAUAUAAGACGAAGCUUCCUCUAAUUAUUGUCUACAAUAAGUGUGAUGUUCAAGAUGCCGAAUUUGCCAAGAGGUGGAUGACAGAUUUUGAAGAAUUUCAACAGGCAAUUGUUAAGGACGAAGGAACAAGCGCUGAAGGUGCUACUUCUGGAUAUAUGGGAUCUCUCGUAAAUAGCAUGUCUUUGAUGUUGGAAGAGUUUUAUCGACACUUGGAUUUUGUAUCUGUUUCCUCAGUGACCGGUGAAGGAAUGGACGACUUUUUGAAGGCAGUGGAUUCCAAAGCUCAAGAAUAUGAGAAUGACUAUCUUCCAGAAAUAGAAAGAUUAAAAGAAAAUCAAAAACAGGACAAAGAAAAACAAAAGGAGGCUCAAUUGUCGAAGCUCAUGAAGGACAUGCAUGUAUCCAAAGAGGAUGCUCCAGCAGAGACAAUAUCUGAUGCGGAAGAGGAUGAGUACGAUGGUGAAUUUGUAGAACCAGAUGAAGAGGAACCCACGGAUGAAGCCGCAGAGGAUAUUUUAAGGCAAUAUAGAAUAUCUUUGGGCAUUCCAGAUGACGUUUCUGAUGAGAAAUUGCUCGAACUUUUGACAGAAAAAAUGCAAAAGUAA